AUGUUUGUCUCUUUUGCAACAUGGUGCUCCCAGGCAUCCAGUCCUGAGGAACCAAGCAACCCUUCUGGCUCGGGUGACGGAGCCGCUGCCUCCAUGGCAGUAUGCUUCACCCACCCCCUGGAUCUCACAAAAUACCGCAUGCAGGUCCUCCAUACCCGAGCACCCAUGCUCUCGACCCUGUACCGGUUCGCUGUUCGUGAUGGAAUACCUUCACUGUGGUCCGGCCUUUCCGCUUCGGUUCUCCGACAAUCGACAUACUCAACAGCCAGGUUCGGUUUGUAUACCAUCCUGUCCCGCCAGAUGCAAAAGCGGUCCAGUGGUGCCAAGCCAUCCACCACAUCCACCAUAGCGUGUGCCGGUGUGGCCGGCGGGCUCGCUGGCGUGGUGGGGAAUCCGACAGAGGUUGUUCUCGUCCGAAUGUGUGCCGACGCCGCCAAACCACCGGCAGAGCGCUUUCUCUACUCGGACGCCGUGACCGCCCUCGUCCGGAUCGCGAGAGAGGAAGGUGUCAAAGUGUUUGGGAGGGGGCUGUCUGCCAAUAUCGUCAGGAGUGUCCUCAUGAGUGAGUUGAGCACCCCAGACAAUGCCCACAAGCUGUUUGCUGACCUCGAACAAGACGUGUCCCAGAUCGCACCAUAUGCGGCUGCUAAAAAAACUAUCCUCACCCGCACCCGGCUGAAAGACGACAUCCGAACACACGCCCUGGCAUCUCUCUUCGCCGGAACCGCUGCCACGACAGCGUGCGCACCGGCCGAUGUGCUGAAGAGCAGAAUCCAAAGCGCUACCAAGGGCUCAACCGUCCUGCAGGUUGCGCGUGACGGCCUGAGGCAAGAAGGGCCAAUGUUCCUCAUGAAGGGGUGGACGCCAGCUUGGCUCCGCCUGACACCUCACACCGUCCUCACAUUCGUCAUCAUGGAAAAGCUCUCCGAGCUCGUCAGCAUGACGGCAGCCACCCCGGUGCCGGCUCGAGCAACCGCUUGA